AUGGGCGACCUCCAGCAAAAUAAGGUUGCCUUCUCCCUAAGCAGCGCUGAGAGUAAGGUUAUUUUCUGUAUCGCUGGCUGGUAUGUGAUCAGUCUUGUGACGUUGUGGACAAACCGCUACGUGGUGACCAAGCUGCGUGUUGACUCCAAUUAUCUGUCGCUGGCGCAACUAAGUAUGUCCGUUGCAGGCGGUCUGGGAUCUGAGCUCUAUCUCGUGGGCUGGGCUGUGUGUAAGCGCAACAUGCUCAAGGUAGUUGACGAUGGACUAAAGGACAUGGUGCUGCUCUCUGGCGUGCGCAUCCUCACCGUGCUAUUGGGGCUUACAGCACUGAAAUAUAUCGCCGUCUCCUUCACACAAACUAUCAAAUCCUCAGCGCCAUUCUUUACAGUCAUCCUGACGUACUUUAUGCUUGGACAACGUACGGGCUGGAGAGUGAACUUCUCGCUUUUUCCGAUCGUCUUGGGGCUCAUUUUUUGUAGUUUGUCGGACAGCUCGUUUCACGUUAUUGGAUUUGUUGCAGCUCUCAUGUCAAAUUGCGUUGAUUGCAUCCAAAACGUUUUGACUAAGAGGCUUCUCAACCGAUCUUACUCAACAUCCCAACUUCAACUCUAUACAAGCAUUAUCGCUGUAAAUAUGCAACUCUUGUUUAUCUUCUACAACUGGAUGGCGUCGAUAUCUGACAGCACCAACAAGGCGCGUGAACUUUCAACUUCGUAUGUUUUCUUGCUGCUUGUUCUAGAUGGAAUGUGCUUCUACAUCCAAAGUGCAUUUGCUUAUAUGCUCAUGAGUUUGGUCACACCGGUAACACACAGCGUGGCUAACUGCGCGAAGCGUGCACUGAUCAUAUUGUUGUCUAUAUACCGCUAUGGAGAGGAGGUGACGCCGCUCAAUUGGUGUGGAAUGGUGCUAGUGAUCGUCGGUGUAUAUGUGUUCAAUGGAGCCUCUCGGGUGGAACGUGAGAAGGCCAACAAAAAUUCAAUAGUAGCUAUUGCCAAGUCAGCAUUGAUAAAGAUGCGGCCAAAUAUAUGGUGUGCACACAACAAAACUACAGCUGGAAGAAUGGCGACUGCGACGGACUACGCGAAAGAGCUUCUUCGGAGGCAGUUUCUAGAAAUGAGCCGCAAUCCGCCUGAGGGAGUAUCUGUGGGCCUAGGGGGCGAUGAUAACAUUUUUAAUUGGGAUAUCUUGCUGGUGGGCCCGCCCGAUACCUUUUAUGAGGGUGGAUUUUUCAAAGCAACGCUGGAAUUUCCGAUUGACUUUCCUAAUAUGCCGCCUAAGAUGACUUUUAAGUCGGAGAUGUGGCAUCCUAAUGUUUACCCAAACGGCGUGGUCUGCAUAUCGAUCUUGCACCCGCCUGGAGAGGAUCAUUUAAAUCAGCAGGAGACGGCUGACGAAAGGUGGCGUCCAAUUCUUGGCGUGGAGUCUAUCCUAGUGUCGGUCAUCUCUAUGCUUUCGGAUCCGAAUUAUGAUUCGCCCGCCAAUAUUGAUGCUGCGGUAGAAUGGCGAAGUGACAAGGAAGGCUUCAAAAAGCAUUGCCGUCGUAUUGUACGGAAGUCGCAAGAAGAUAUCUAG